AUGAAGAAACUUCUCUUGAUCUUUCUCUCCUCUUUUCUCGUUCUCCAAAUCGCUCGCGGUUUCGACUACGAGGACAAGGAACUAGAGAGUGAAGAGAGCUUGACAAAGCUCUACGACAGAUGGAGGAGCCACCACUCUGUUCCUAGGAGCCUUCAUGAAAGGGAGAAGAGGUUCAACGUUUUCAGACACAAUGUGAUGCAUGUUCACAACACCAACAAAAUGGACCACCCCUACAAGCUUAAGCUCAACGAGUUUGCAGACUUGACUGUUCAUGAGUUCAAGAAUGCCUACACCGGUUCUAACAUCAAGCAUCACAGAAUGUUGCAAGGACCCAGAAGUGGCUUGAAACGGUUCAUGUAUGAGAAUGCAACCGCAGUUCCGUCCUCGGUUGACUGGAGAGAGAAAGGUGCUGUCAAUGAAGUCAAGAAUCAAGGAAAGUGUGGAAGUUGCUGGGCAUUCUCUACAGUUGCAGCCGUUGAAGGAAUCAACCAGAUCAAGACAAACAAGCUAGUCUCACUGUCUGAACAAGAGCUAGUGGAUUGUGAUACUCGCCAGAACGAAGGUUGUAACGGAGGUCUCAUGGAUAUUGCAUUCGAAUUCAUCAAGAAGAACGGUGGAAUCACCACCGAGAAAAACUAUCCAUACGAAGGCAUUGAUGGUAAAUGCGACGCCUCAAAGGAUAACGGCGAGAUGGUCACCAUUGAUGGGCACGAGGAUGUACCCGAAAACGACGAAAAUGCUCUUCUUAAGGCUGUUGCAAACCAACCUGUAUCCGUUGCAAUUGAUGCUGGGAGUUCAAAUUUCCAGUUUUAUUCAAAGGGAGUGUUUACGGGAUACUGUGGAACAGAGCUAAACCACGGUGUAGCAGCGGUUGGUUACGGAGCUGACUCGCGUGGGAGAAAGUAUUGGAUAGUGAGAAACUCAUGGGGACCUGGAUGGGGAGAGAAAGGGUAUAUCAAGAUCGAGAGAGGGAUUCAUGAAUCUGAAGGACGUUGCGGUAUUGCCAUGGAGGCAUCUUAUCCGAUCAAGCUCUCCUCUUCUAAUCCAUCCAAAGAUGAUGACCUCAAAGAUGAGCUCUAG